CGGAUCCAGUUUUAGCCAGUCCCUAUAAAAAUACAGGUUAAGUAAACUUCAAGACGUAAACCAAACAAAAAAUACUUUUCCAAAAAGUGAAAGAUAUGUGAAUUAUAAAAAAAUAACUUUGCCAGUGAAUAAUAGUACAGUUUGAUAUUUUAUAAAGUCGGCCUAGCUGUCAAACAGUUUUAUGAGUUGGUUGUUAAGCACCUUAUUCCCUAGCAUGAAUUACCAAGAAGUAAAUAUGACAUUUCUAAAACCGUUUAUAGUUGAAGCUGAUCCAUCCAACGGCUUUGUUAUUCUAAACAAGUACAUACCUGAAGAAAUAUUACUGAAAAUAUUUACUUAUUUAGAUCCUAAGGAUAUCUUAAAAUGUUCUCUGGUUUGCAAAACCUGGUUUAAUAUUACUAGGUCGAAUAUUCUAUGGCAUGAGAUCUAUAACCUAAAAGAGCACAGUACAAGAGCCAAAAAUCUUCCUUGGUAUGUGUUUUACAACUACCUAACAACAGAAAAUUACACAAAUUUAAUAAAAAAUGGAAACGGCGAAGAGCAAUUUAACCACUGGACCAUUGUAAGUAAUGGAGGUGAUGGAUUUAUUAUCGAAAAUGAGCCCGUAGGUAGUGAUCCUUUGCCCCAAGGCGUCCCUGAAUUCCACGGGCAUACCAGUUGUUUUGCCACAUCAUUUUAUGAUUGCUGUAAAUAUCAGAAAAUUGAUUUAUCAAACAAAAGGCUCUUGAAACAUAUAAUUAAUAGGUAUAAACCAUCAAUUUACCUAAGUGAAUGGUUUGCUGGAAGGUUUGACUGUUCAUGCAUUUAUAAAUUAGGAGUGGUGGUCAAUUCAGUGAACCACAAAUGGAAAUCUGGAGAACAACGAAGAUUUCACCAUUGGCGAGAAAGGAACAACCACAAGCUUAGCAAUUCGCCAUUUUACUUAGACAUUAAUAGAACUGUUGAAAGUUUUCAGGGAAAGGAGUGGGAAAAGGUCGAAUUAGUUUACAACAACUAUUCACCUUAUAAAAUAGACAGCAUAGGAUUUGUCCAUGGAGGGAGAGACGAUCAGUUUUGGAAAGGACAUUAUGGUAGUAAAAUGGCCGGCGGGGUAUUAAAAUUUGAUUUUGCAUCGAUCCAACCUCUACCUGAAGAUGAAUCUUUUAGUGCAGAAAUGUGUAGUGAUUAAAGGCGUUUAUUGUUAAUACCAAUGAGUGAAACAGUUCAUUGAUUUUGUGAUAUACGUAGGUAUUUAUAAUCUUGUAUUAAAUUGUUAAGGAGAUCUGGAACCCGAUCUCACUACCUUUCUAUUUUUGAUAACAUUAUUGUACUUGUUAAAAAAUUGUUCUUUUUUAUUUGUUUAGAUAUAAGAAAAUGUUUCUUGAUCAUUUUUAAUAGAUAGUUAAGGCGAUUAACGGUAAAAUAUUCACAAAUAGCUUAGCAUUGUUAUUUUAUCAAUAUUUUGUUUGUUUAUAAAAUACGUUUUAAGUAAAUUAAAGAA